CAUUCAUAAAGAAGGUCCAAAGAAUACAGUCACGAAUUAUCGGCCAAUCUGCAUUCAGUCGGCCUUGGCUAAACUUUUUGAAAAGCUGAUCCUACCAAAACUCUCUGCUGCUUUUGAUCCAAUCAUUACCACAAGACAGCAUGGUUUUAUUAGUAGCCGUUCAACGUCAACUAACCUUUUCGCCUACACCAACUAUCUACUGAACUCACUGAAUACCAACACCUGUGUUCAUAGCAUCUAUACUGACUUCAGAAAAGCGUUCGAUCGAGUUGACCAUGACAUCUUGCUAUACAAGCUCAGGAAAUAUGGCGUCUGCGGCAAAGCGUUAGACUGGCUUAGGUCAUAUCUAGCUGGUAGGCACCUGCAGGUCAAAGUGGAUGGCCACCUAUCCGAUGAAUAUGUGGCUAACUCGGGUGUUCCGCAAGGUUCUCACCUCGGUCCGAUUCUUUUCAGCAUAUUCGUGAAUGAUAUUGUGUGCUGGAUAGUCAUCUACUACAACAGGACGUCGAUAAUCUCUCUGGCUGGUGUGCAAGGAACAAACUGGAUCUCAACUUUAAAAAGUGUGCUGUGAUGUGCUUCUCGAGAUCGCGCACUCCCUUACCUGCAGUGUACACACUCAAUGGUGAUAAAAUAAGGGAGGUGGAUGACAUCAAAGACCUCGGUGUCACGAUUGACACAAAACUAACUUUCCACAAGCAUAUAGACGGAAUAACUCAGAGAGCUUUUAAGAUACUCGGUUUUAUAACUAGGAAUAGUAAGGACUUCAAGAAUCCCUACUCCCUGAUUUGUCUUUUCAAAACUCAAGUUCUUCCAAUACUGGAGUACGGAUCCAUAAUCUGGUCUCCAUACACUGAAGCAGGCAUUACUAGACUUGAAAGAGUGCAGCGUAAGCUCUGCAAGACCUUAGCCUUCCGACAUUCAUCAUCAACCGCUUCAACUACAGAAGAUAUCUACAUUCGGUACAACAUCAACAGUCUGCGGGCUCGCCGACGCAUAACUGAUCUGGCGUUCUUCUAUAAAGUGGUAAAUGGUAUUAUUGAUGCCCCGGAAGUACGCAGCUCCUUCGAGCUUGCCCCGGCUGGUCUCACUCUUAGGAAUAGUCGUCUACUGAAAACAGUCGCUACUUACAAAAGCUACGUCUAUCACGGCCCGUGCAAUAGAAUACCCAUCAGUGUCAACUCACUUCAUGGUGUUCUCGACUUCUAUGGUGGAACCUACGAUACUUUUCUGCGAAAUGCCAAAAAUAUCAUCCUAUAGAUUUUUCUCAAGAACCGUCUGGCCCAUUUUCUUUAUCAUUGUAUUACUUACCAGCCCUCUAUAAAUUCUG